AACGGAAAAAAUUUGAAACAAACUUUUUGGGAGUCUAAUCUUUCUUUUGGUAGGUUCCAUGUUUAUAUAGCCAUAAAACACAAUAUUCUGUGAAUGAGUUCAUGUAUAUACGCAUCUUUACAAAAUGUCAAAGUGGCAAUGUCGCAUCCUUUCAUCUUUCACGAUGUGGCCCUCGCUGGAAAAACGUUUGAACUUGAACACCCCAGCAUUAAAUGAAACAAAAGCAAAAGCACCUGGAAGCCUGGAAGGUGGCGCAAUCAGCUGUAAGGCAUUGCGUCGCCCCCUAGUGGACACAAGGCAACCACGCAGGUUGUGUUUCUGUUUGCUUUGCUGUUCUGCUUUACUAGUUGAGGCAUUCUUUUUAUUGCCAUAAAAAAAAACACAACACGGUAAAAGUGUCAUGCACGUGAGCUGACACGUGAACUGUGCACUUGGCAAAGUGUGGGUAGAUACUCCCGCCCACGUGAACCCAGGAAGUGAUUUUUGUUGGCACGCGCCAGUCUGGGUUACGGUGUUAAAAUGAAGAACAGCUAGCACUCACCAAACGCAUGUAUUUGUAAAGGCGGUGUAUUCUUGAGGAAAAGGUGCCUUCUGAAGGCGUCUUAAGAGUGUUUGGGCCAGGAGACAUGUUUCCCCUUGCCAGCUUGACAUCAAACCUGGUCACGCAUACGCUUGCCAUUUUCGCCGUCGACAGAUGAUGAGAUUCACAUCACAUCACAGUGGCCGUUUUGGUGUGCGAAAUAACCACACAAAGAAGUGAAACCGGAGUUUCAGCUUUCAUAUCCUUUUUGUGUUUGGGCUUCAUCAGCUGACGCUGCUUAGCAUUGUCGAGGAAACGCGACUCUCGCCCUCCAAGUGAUUCAACUGAAACCAUGAGCUCCGAAGACGGAAAAAACCUGGCAUUGCUUCUCUGCUGCUUCCUGAUGGCUGAGUGCGGUCAGGCAUCCCAGAAGAAGACCUCCUGCCACAUUCAAGGCAACAACGCCGACUGCAGCCGCCUCAGCCUCAAAGCCGUUCCCGCAAACCUUCCGGGGAACAUCACCAGUUUGGACAUGUCACAUAACAGGCUGGACCUGAUCCCGCCCUCGUCUUUGGCGCCCUACGCCGGCCUCCUCCACCUGAACGUCAGCUACAACAGCAUCAGCAGGUUGGACCGCGGGCUGUGUCACACUCUGCCCGUGCUGCAGACUCUCAACCUGGACCACAACCAAGUGUCCGUUAUUGGGGAAGAGGAUGUGCACGCCUGCAGCAGUCUGACGAGGUUUCUGUUGUCGAGCAACAAACUGAAGCUGAAAGGGGAACCCUUCUCUGGAUUACAGCGUCUGAAAUUCCUGGACGUCUCAAAGAAUAACUUGAACUCGGCUCGGCUUGGCUCCAAGCCUCAGAUGGACGAGCUGGAGGAGCUCAGUCUGGCAUUCAACAAGAUCACCACUUUGGCCAAGGAUGACUUUGCCCUCCUAAAACAUUCCAACUCCUUCAAAGUCCUCAACCUCGCCUCUUCAACCAUAAAGACCGUGGAACCUGGUUCCUUCAAACCUAUUUCACAACUCAACACCUUAAUCAUGGACGGGAGCAACAUGGGCACCACAGUCAUUUCCAAACUGUGCUCGGAGUUGUCCGGGACCUCCAUCAAGAGCUUGUCCCUGCAGAGGAUGAAGCUGGUCACUCUCACCAAUGCAACCCUCAAAGGUUUACGGCAAACAAAUCUAAGCUUCCUGGAUCUUUCCGGUAACGGAAUGGGUAAGAUAGAAAAUUACUCGUUUCAGUGGACAAGCAAACUGGAAACUCUGAUUUUGUCGGACAACAACAUCAAGCACUUGACCAUGUCAACAUUUGAAGGACUUAAAAGCUUGAAAAACCUGGUCUUGAUCAAAGCUCUGGUGAAAAGUCAUACCUCGUCCACGCCCAUCAUUGACGACUUCUCUUUCCGGCCGCUGAGCAGUCUGGAGAGUUUGUCUUUGCGGCAGACUUCAGCACGGGAAAUCACCGAACACACUUUCACAGGCUUGGAAAGUCUUAAAGAGCUCGAUAUGAGCUGGGGCAGUUAUGUGUCGCUAAAAACCAUCAACAAAAUGACACUCAUUUCACUUGGUGGCUCUCCUCUCUUGGAGCUCAACCUGACAGCAACGGGUAUUGGCCAGAUUCAACCUGGAGCCUUUUCCCAUUUGAAGAACCUCACAAGUAUUGCUCUGGAUUUUAAUUUCAUCAAGCAAACUCUGACUGGGAAGGAGUUUGAAGGCCUCGACCAGCUCAGGGAGCUUAACAUGUCCUUUAACCACCAGACAAUCAACCUCAGCUCCAGGUCGUUUGUUAGCGUACCCAAUCUGAAGGUCCUGACGCUAGCAAAAAGCCUUAUGGUUACAGCUCUCAACCUGGAUCCCUCUCCGUUCAAGCCCUUGUCCAAGGUCACCUACCUGGACCUGAGCAACAACAACAUCGCCAACAUCCAUGGCAAUCUGUUGGACGGGCUUGUGAACCUGCAGGUCCUCAAGUUGCAACACAACAACCUGGCCAAAUUGUGGAAGGACGCAAAUCUUGGCGGGCCGAUGCUAUAUCUGAAAGGCUUAGAGAACUUGCUAAGCCUCCAGAUGGACAGUAACGGCCUGGAUGAGAUCCCCACGAGGGCACUGAGCGGGCUCACUAACCUCCAGGAACUGAGCCUCAGCAACAAUCUGCUCAACAACCUGAAGGACCCGGUCUUUGAAGGUCUGACCUCCCUGAAGGUUUUACACCUCCACAGGAACAUGAUCACGGCUGUAAGACCCGAAGUGUUCCGAACACCCCUGAGCAAUCUCAGCUUGCUCAUCAUGGGCAGGAAUCCCUUUGACUGCACCUGCGAGAGCAUCCUGUGGUUUGUGACGUGGUUGAACAACACCAAUACGACCAGCGUGCCUGGCCUCAGGGAUCAGUAUAUGUGCAACACACCCAUGGCUUACUUCAACCACUCAGUCAUGGAUUUUAAAGCCCUUUUUUGCAAGGACAUGACGCCUUUCCAGGCUCUUUACAUACUGAGCAGCACCCUUGUGGUCUUGCUGACCGUAACCGCCCUGCUGAUGCGCUUCCAUGGCUGGAGGGUUCAGUUUUACUGGAAUAUUCUGAUCAAUCGAGCACUGGGAUUCAGCGACGCCAGAGUGGAAGAAGGCCGGCAAUUUGAAUACGACGCCUACGUCAUCCAUGCUGAGGAAAACACCGACUGGGUGGAGAGAGCCAUGAAGUCUUUGGAAAGUGAGAGUUGUAGAUUUUGCGUGGACCAUCGGGAUUUGGUGCCAGGCAUGUCCCAGCUGGAGUCCAUCGUGGACAAUAUGAGAAAUUCACGGAAAAUCCUGUUUGUCGUCACGGAGAACCUUCUCAGCGACCCGUGGUGCAGCCGCUUUAAAGCCCAUCAUGCCCUGCACCAGGUCAUUGAAGCCAGCAGGGACUCCGUCAUCCUGGUCUUCCUGCAGGACGUGCACGACUACAAGCUGUCCCGAUCACUCUUCCUCCGCAGGGGAAUGUUGCGUCCACGCUGCGUACUCCACUGGCCUGUGCAGAGAGAGCGAGUGCCUGCCUUUUACCAGAAGUUGCGGAUCGCCCUCGGAUUGACCAAUCAAUUUCACAGUUGACCCUAUGGUGCCAUAGUUUCACUUGUCAACCGUUGAAAUGUUUAGGUCAAGGUUUAUUACAUGUCCGGAGCACAGAAUGCAAGAAGCGACAAGGACCGUUGUUCAGUUUUUUGGGUCUGCUGGUUAGUUAGCAGGAUUGUGCAUUCACCUCGUACUGCUUCCACGCAACCUUGUAGACGGGUAAAAGAUGGUCAAAAAUCAGACUUAAGUCUUGUAUUGGAUCUCAGAUUGUGUCCCCUAAGAGUGUACAAUAUGAAUGACAAUGACACGGUUAUUUUUUGUUAUAGAUUUAAAAUGUCAGCCUGGUCAUUUUCUAUGUAUAUCAGAUAAGCACGGAUGCACAGUUUAAUGCUGGAGAGUCACUGUGACAUCUAGUGGCCAUGCAGUCUUACUACGCCCCAUGUAUCGUCAUCAAAGAUACUACUUGUAUUAUUGAGCAUAAAACUAUUCCUGUUCAUAAAGUAAUACAAAUAUUCAGAAAAGUUUAAUUUAGGAAAAAAAGUAUUAAAUUGCAUAUAGUGCUUAUACAAUGUGUUUUUAUACAAAUCAAUUAAUAAUAUGCUAAAGAUUUAUGAAUAUUUUAUAGUUUAUUUCUAAACUCAUUAACCAUUAAGAUUGUUUUUUUAUUAAUUAUACAACAUAUGUGUACAAUAUGUCAAAUAACAAAAAUGUUAGAAAUAUAUUACAAUUUAGUAAUCAAAUAAACAUACAUAUAUCCAAAAGUUGUAUUAUUUACACCACUAAAUUGUAUAUAGUGCUUUCACAGUAGGUUAUUUAUACAAAUGUAUAAUAAUGUAAAAUUCUAUUAACCAUUUUACAUUAUUUUUAAAUUCAUAUAUGAUGUGCACAAUAAUUGCAAUGUACAACAGAAAUUGUAUGAAUGUGUUAUAUAUUACGGACACAAUUAACUAAUAAAUAAAAAAACGUAUGUAAAUAAAUUGUAUUUAUACUAAUUAAUUUAUAAUGCAAUGACACAAUUUGAUGAUACUACAAGUUUAUAAAUGUAACAUUCUGCUUCUGGGUCUUGUUUGUGUUGUUUCACU